GGUAUAUGUCAGUGUAUACAGAGACUUUUUAUUAAAAAUAAUAAGAAAAUAGAACUCCCUAAACCGGAACAGAUUUCUAGGCAAACCAGUAUAUUUUUUUUCCAGAUGAGGUCAUUUCAACUUCCCAACCAGGAAGUCUAAACUCUGCCUAGAGGGCUAUAUAGCAGGUUUCAGUUUACAUAAUCUGAAAAGGACCAGAUAGUAAACUUUUUGUGCUUUGUAGGUCAUACUGUCUGUCACAACUACUUAACUUUAUUGUUGUAGAAUGAAAGCAAAUAUAGACAAUGCAUGAAUGAAUGAGCGCGGCUGUGUUCCCAUAAAACUUUAUUUACAAAAAUAGGCACCAGGCCAGAUUUGAUCUGUCAACUGUGGUUUGUCAACUCCUGCUAUAUAUCACUUCCUGAAUUGGGUGGGAGAAGGACCUAAUCAUCCUCCAAUUCCCUUCCAUACUCAAAACUUCAGAGCUACAUGCUUCUUUGAGGAGGGUAUGGAAAAGCAUAGUUAUCAUUAGCCAAAAGAUCUUCCCAGAAGGAGAAGGAGCUACCUAUAUGCAUCCCUUUUUCAGUUUUCAUCCAGAUAAUUGCAAUGGGGAAAGUUCAGGUAUAUGAGAUUUAAGCUGCAUGACUCCAAAUAAUGGGGGAAGUUAUAAACGUUUUUAAAAAUGGAAAUCUGGGCAUGCGUUAUGUGACUCUAACAUGAAAUAGUUAAUAUAUUAAAUAGCUGAACACAGGAAUGGGAUGUUCAUAGAAUAUGUUGACAGGACAAAAAGUUGAAACUGUUGGCAGAAAACCAAAGUCAAUAUUGGAGCCAAGCAAAUACUGCCUGCAGUGCCCUAUUAGGGAAGCUUGAGGACCGUCCAUUUUUAAGUGGCAAGAGACUCCCUCACUUCCAGAGCCACAGAAGCAAUUGUGCUCUCAGGAUGAUUUCAUUCAGGCAAGCCGCUUAUUUCACUUGCUUCUUUGCUACAGUUUCCUGUGGAUGCCUGACUCAAUUAUAUAAAAACACCUUCUUCAAAGGUGGGGACCUAACUGCCAUGUACACCCCGAAUGUCCAUCACUGUCAGAUGAUGUGCACAUUCCACCCCAGGUGUUUGCUCUUCAGUUUUCUUCCUGAAAAUUCAACUCAUGAUGUAAACAAAAGAUUUGGUUGCUUCUUAAAAGACAGUGUUACAGAAACCCUGCCAAGAAUGUCAUGGACAAGUGCAAUUUCUGGACAUUCCUUAAAGCAAUGUGGUCAUCAAAUAAGUGCUUGCCACCGAGACAUUCAUAAAGGAAUUGAUAUGAGAGGAGUCAAUUUUAAUGUCUCUAAGGUAAAAAGUGUUGAAGAAUGCCAAAAAAAGUGCACCAAUAGCAUUCACUGCCAAUUUUUCACAUAUGCCACUGAAACAUUUUACAACGCAGAGUACCGAAACAGCUGCCUUUUAAAGAAUGGUCCGGGAGGAACACCCAGCAGUAUAAAGGUGCUGGCUGAUGUGGUAUCUGGAUUCUCACUGAAGUCCUGUGCACUCUCAGAAAUUGGUUGCCACAUGAACAUUUUCCAGCACCUGGCAUUUUCGGAUGUGGACAUUGCCAGAGUUGUCACCCCAGAUGCUUUUGUGUGCCAAACCAUUUGCACCUACCAUCCCAACUGCCUCUUCUUUACAUUCUACACAAAGGCGUGGCAUCUAGAACCACAAAGAAAUAUUUGCUUUCUUAAGACUUCCAAAAGCGGGACACCAAGUUCACCUACUUCUCAGGAAAAUGCCAUGUCCGGAUACAGCCUUUUAACCUGCAAGAAAGCUUUGCCUGAGCCGUGUCAUUCCAAAAUUUACUCAGGAGUGGGUUUUGAAGGGGAAGAAUUGAAUGUGACCUUUGCUGAAGGAGUGAACGCUUGCCAAGAGACUUGUACCAAGAUGAUUCGCUGUCAGUUUUUUACUUACUCUUUACACCCAGAAGACUGUAGAGGAGAGAAGUGCAAGUGUUCCUUACGAUUAUCUUUGGAUGGUUCCCCAACUGGGAUGACAUAUGGGACACGAGUGAGCUCUGGUUAUUCUUUGAGGCUGUGUAAAAGUGGGGACAGUUCUGUCUGCACAACAAAAACGAGCACACGCAUUGUUGGAGGAACCAACUCUUCUUGGGGAGAGUGGCCCUGGCAGGUCAGCCUGCAAGUGAAGCUGAGAGCUCAGAGCCACUUGUGUGGAGGGUCAAUCAUUGGACGCCAGUGGGUCCUCACUGCUGCCCAUUGCUUUGAUGAACUCUCCUUGCCAGAUGUUUGGCGCAUUUAUAGUGGCAUUUUAAAUCUGUCAGAGAUUACAAAAGAAACACCUUUCUCGCAAAUAAAAGAGAUUAUCAUUCACCAAAAUUACAAAAUCACAGACGGUGGUAGUUACGAUAUUGCCUUAAUAAAACUUGAGGCUCCUUUGAAUUAUACAGAAUUCCAAAAACCAAUAUGCCUUCCUUCCAAAGAUGAUACAAAUACAACUUAUACUAAUUGCUGGGUAACUGGAUGGGGCUUCACAAAAGAAAGAGGGGAAAUCCAAAAUACCCUACAAAAGGCAAAUAUUCCUUUGGUACCAAAUGAAGAAUGCCAGAAAAAAUAUAGAGAUUAUGAAGUAAACAAACAGAUGAUCUGUGCUGGCUAUAAAGAAGGAGGGAAAGAUGCCUGCAAGGGAGAUUCAGGUGGUCCCUUAGUUUGUAAACACAACGGAAACUGGCAUUUGGUGGGCAUCACCAGUUGGGGUGAAGGCUGUGGUCGCAGAGAACAACCAGGUGUCUACACCAAAGUGGCUGAGUAUGUGGACUGGAUUUUAGAGAAAACACAGGUUGGUGAUGGGCACGCCGGUCUUGGAUGAAGUCACCAGUGUGAAGAAGCUUUCUAGAGAUGGGAAAGAGCCCGGGUUGUAGCAUGAGUUUUACAACCUGGGUCCAGCUCAAAUGCUAAGCCUUGGAGUCUUCAUCUGCAAAAAUGUGGAAAAUAGUAUCUGCUUCAUGUCCUUGUCAUAAGGGUAAAAGGAGACAGUGCACGCAAAGCUGCUGAGGAAAAUGUUGUGCAGAGGCAGGCUGUCAGCCUCCAGUAAAAAUGCUAAUAAUGGAAGAUAACAAGUGAACAUUUCCGCAAUUAUUUGUUGCAAAAUAAAAUGGCAAAAGAAUGUGA